AUGGGCAUUGACAAGGUAGCAAAAGUCGCUGAUCAGUCAGAUCAAGCGGCAACGUGGCCAGAUACAGUCCCCAAACUCCGAAAACUCGGCAAGAUCGACGGAGACGUUGCAACGCCAUAUGCAUCCCGCGACAAUGCGUUCUGGAAGACUCUUGGUGGCGGAAUUCAUCCGGGCGGACUCGGAAACCGAAAAACUGAACCGUUCUAUCGCUUUGAAGACAAGGACGAGCAUAUGUACCGUGAGUGGUUUCCAUGGGAUCCUUUGAACAUGACAGAAGGUUCUGAGAUCUUCGGCCAUGCUGUCAUGUGGUACAUCGGGUGGGGCCCUGAAGACUGUAAAGCAGGUGACGAAGUGGUACUUAUGCCUGGCGGAAGGGUGCCCUACAUCGUACGAACAUUCAGGAGCAAUUUGACCGACCCGAAUGCACGUUUGUGCAAGUUUUUGGGCGAUGCCUAUGUUCAUGGUGUGAUGGAUGGUGAAGCUUGGCUCGAUCCUGACGCGCUUCACCCUAUUGUCUUCAUGCCGCGCAAAGUUGGCGCAGAGGAUGAGGAUAGUGAGGAUGAAUAG